AUGCGUCACCUGAGCGGCCUUCCGAAGUUCACGCAUCUUUGCAACGCAGCUUCGCAAGCAGUGCCCCUCACCUUGGACGAGCGCGCAGAAGAUGUGGCAUAUCUGGAUUUAGAGAUGCGCGAUGAGGAAGGCAUGCAGCCAGGCACAGGAACUUGGCGGUGGACAUGCCAAAGUCUGCUGCGGGCAGUUGCUUUCGUGGACUCCGCCGUUCUGUCAGGUGGCACAGUGCUGGUCAACUGCUUCGCUGGGAUGAACAGAUCAGGCGCCAUUCUGCUGUCCUGGCUAUUGAUGCACCGAAAUGAUGGGAAGAAAUCUUUGGGUUUCACGGCAGAAGGUGCAACAUCGUACUUGCGCAGCUUGGAGCCUUUCGCUCUCAACAACCAGAGCCUGUUGGAGUGUGCUCUAGCUGUAGCAAUGGGAGAUGAGCAGUGGUUGGCGCCCAGUGUGCAGGAGACCUGGAUCCUGAAGGUGCCAGAGAGACCGGUUGGAGCUCCAUCCAAAGGAGUUGUUGAAGAAGUUGAAGAGGUCGAAGCGGCAGAGCUUGUGCCUCUUUUCUGA